AUGCCGCUACCAUCACCAACUACCACUCAAUCUCCCCUCACCAGCGCUCUUGCAAAACCAAAAACAAAGGGCAAGAUCCACGUCUCCUUCACAGACUGGGUUCUGGGCGGCUCACUCCUCUCCAUAAACUCUCCCAGCCCUAAUAAUGCCGUUGCCGCAGCCACGCGCCAGAGAAAUGAUAGCCGUAUUAGAGCAAGAGCCACGAAGGAUAAAAAUGGAAGAAACAUUGUCAUUCUGGAAGAUCGGGAACAAGACGGAAUGGUGGGAGAAGUGGAAAUGCUUGUUGUGAGGAAAGUUAGUAAGAAGAGUGGGCAUGAGAGAAGUAGGGGUGGGAGUGCGGGAGAGGUGGUGAGUGUCAAGGCGAAGAUUUCAGAGGAGGUAUUGGAGACGGUUGUGGAGGAGAGUAAGGAGGAGAAGAAGGCAGAAAGCAAGGAGGAAGUGAAGGAUGAGAAGAAGGAAGAAGUGGUUGAGGUUAAGAAAACCGAUGGUGAUGAUAAGGGUGAGCAUGUAUUGAAUUUGCAGAAAGAUGGAGAGGUUAAAGAAGAGGGAGUGAAGGUGGUCGAGGAGAAAUCUGAGGUGUCGAAGCCAAAGGGUGAAGAGCCCAAAGCUGAUGUUACCAUCGAAAUAGCUGUAGCUUCAAUCACCGAAGAUCAAGAUAAAGACAAGAAAACCGAGCCGGAAGUCGUCAUCGUCGAGGUCGAAGUCAGGAAAAAGGAAAAAGAAGAUAAAGAUAAGGGCAAGGAUAAAAAGAAAGAUAAAGAUGUCAAGGAAACAUCCAAAGGCGAGGAUAACCCCGAGUCUACUACUAAGCUUGAGGAACGAAGCGCUGAUACCACAGUCACAGCCACAGAUUCCAAAGAGAAGACCCCUUCUAUCUCUGAGGAACCUACCGAAAAGACUGCUGAAGAACCUAUCGAGAUUAAAGACGACAAGAAGGAUGAGAAGGUAGAGCCCGUCGACGAAAAUGAAUGGACCAAAGAACAAGACUUGAAACUUAUGGCCAUGAAGAAGGAAAACAAGACCUGGAAGGAAAUAUCUGGGGAAUUAUGUACCGGCAAAAAAGAAGUGGUGGCAAGAUACAAAGCUUUACAAGAACAAGAAAAGACCGAGGACGAAGAGAAAAAGGCAGAGGUAGAAGAAAAGCCUAAGAAUGUCGAGAAGAGAAAGAAAAUCAAGUGUACCGCACAAGUCGACAAUGAAGAUACAGAGGAGGAAAUCUACAUCUCACCAGAUUGUCCUUACCAUCAACCCAAAUCCAAGACUUCCGCUGCGUCUGCUCCAAAACAAGAAAAGAAGAAGAAGCGCAAGUCUUAUGGAGAACUUGAUAAAGAUAGAGAUGAUGAGGAUGAGGAACAGGAAGAACGUAUGCAGGGAAAUGGUCAUGGAAAUCAGCAGGGGCAUCUUCGACCGGAUAAGAUAUGGUCAGCGGAAGAUUGCGAAACUUUGGAGUAUCUGAUGGAGAAACAUAGGAGUACACAAUGGUUACAAUUGCAAGCUGGGUUCUUUAAUUAUACUGGGAGAAUGGUUAAGGCUGAGUUUAUUGAGAGAAAGUUUAGGAAGGAUGGACUUGCUUGA